AUGGACUCGAGCGCAACGGCAGAGGCCCCGUCCCUCCCUUGGAGGGCUCUGUCCAACACAACAAUGUGGGGAGUGGCGGGUCUAUGUCGUGGUUUUCUUUCUGUUUUCUGUCAUGCAGAAUGUCACGGGAAAGAAGCAUUUACAGAGCUGUUGGACUCUCGACAUGACGUUUCGCAACGGACAAGAGGAUUGAUUACAGUAUCCAAUCACAUCAGCGUGUAUGUGCCUCCAACAGUCUCGGAUCGAGGCAAUCCAUACUCCAAAUAUGAAGAUGGCUGA